AUGGGAAACACUAUAAUGGUGAGAAGAAACAAGGUGAAAGUUAUGAAGAUCGACGGUGAUAUUUUCCGGCUCAAAACUCCGGUAACAGCGAGUGACGCCACGAAGGAGUAUCCCGGACAUGUGCUGCUAGACCCGGAGACCGUGAAAUGGUUAGGAGUUCGCGCCAAACCGCUAGAGCCAAAUAAGAUCUUAAGGCCGAAUAAAACGUAUUUUCUGGUGGACCUUCUGUUGGUAGAUAAGAGGAAUAAGCUUCCCUACCGGAGAGUUAUGUCUGGUAAUAUACAUGUUGGCGCCAAGGAGCGUCUAGAGAUGUUAAUGCUUUCUAGGAGAACGGUUUCCGACAUCGGUGUCGGUAGUUUAGAAUGUGGAGAUGGGCCUGGACCUGGGCGGACGAGGGUGACACUAAGGCUACCUAGGUCUCACAUCACGAAGUUAAUGGGAGACUGCCAAGAUGCUUCCGAAGUCGCGGCCAGGAUUGCAAGAGUUCAUUUGGAGAGCUCCGGUGAGAUACAAGCCGGAGAUAACGAUGGCUUACGUCGGAAAAUUGGAAUCUUUGAGAAAAAGAACCAUUACAAAGCACAAGAGAAGCACGUAAGUUUCGCAGAGAAAGGAGGGAGAGCAGAGAUCGUUGUUUUAUAA